UCAAAUCCUUCAAAUACAAACGCAGCCUCCUCCUCCCUUCUUCACAAGCUUUGUCUCUCUCUCUCUCGCUCUCUCUCUCUCGCUCUCUCUCUUCUCUCUCUCUCUCCCUCCCUCCUUCCCUUGUAUCUCGGUUUUGCAGCCAUGGCAGAAAGCAAGGUAUCUCCAACUCCUUUGCUGAAAGAUGAGCUCGACAUAGUCAUACCCACGAUCCGAAACCUCGAUUUCUUGGAGAUGUGGAGGCCAUUUUUCCAGCCGUACCACCUCAUCAUCGUCCAGGACGGUGACCCUUCGAAGGUCAUCAAAGUCCCAGCAGGCUUCGAUUACGAGCUCUACAACCGCAACGACAUUAACCGAAUUCUGGGUCCUAAAGCUUCUUGCAUUUCCUUCAAGGACUCAGCUUGCCGUUGCUUCGGCUACAUGGUCUCCAAGAAGAAGUACGUCUACACGAUCGACGAUGAUUGCUUUGUUGCUAAAGAUCCUUCUGGCAAAGAAAUCAAUGCUCUGGAGCAACACAUUAAGAACCUUUUAAGUCCAUCAACUCCAUUUUUCUACAACACCCUUUAUGAUCCAUACCGUGAAGGUGCAGAUUUUGUCCGCGGUUACCCUUUCAGUCUGAGGGAAGGUGUACCAACAGCUGUUUCUCAUGGUCUCUGGCUCAACAUCCCAGAUUAUGAUGCACCUACUCAGCUUGUCAAGCCUCGUGAAAGAAACGAAAGGUAUGUGGAUGCUGUCCUGACAAUCCCAAAGGGAACUCUCUUCCCAAUGUGCGGUAUGAAUCUCGCAUUCAACCGUGAGUUGAUCGGCCCUGCAAUGUACUUUGGACUCAUGGGUGAUGGUCAGCCAAUUGGUCGCUACGACGAUAUGUGGGCUGGCUGGUGCACCAAGGUUAUAUGUGAUCACUUGGGGUUAGGAGUCAAGACAGGAUUGCCUUACAUCUGGCACAGCAAGGCAAGCAAUCCAUUUGUGAACUUGAAGAAGGAAUACAAAGGAAUCUUCUGGCAAGAAGAGCUUAUCCCCUUUUUCCAAUCUGCUACACUUCCAAAGGAGUGUACCACGGUUCAGAAAUGCUACAUUGAGCUAUCCAAGCAAGUAAAGGCAAAGCUUGGCAAGGUUGAUGACUAUUUCAACAAGCUUGCCGAUGCCAUGGUUACAUGGAUUGAAGCGUGGGACGAGUUGAAUGGAGGAAAAUCUGCUGAGUUGGCCAAUGGAGCUAAAAAUUAGAUUAUUAUUAUUAUUAUUAUUUUAUUUUAUUUUAUGAAAUAUCAUUGACAUUCACUUUUGACAAUCCUAGCCUUGUUCGUAUCCAAAUCCUACAUUGGCUCCAAGGUUUUGCAUUCGAGCUUCGAGAAUUUAUUUGGCGGGUGGAGGUUAUAUGAUCUUGUUUAUCUUAGUAUUGAGUUUAGAAAAAUAAAACAUUUGUCUCUAUUUCUAUAGGUUUUACUAUUUGAUUGUCAGCAACUUCCGGGGUUAUAUGAUUUUAGAAAUUUGAGCAGGGAUUUUGUUGCU